AUGAGUGCUAAAAAACAAAAAUCCAAAGACCAUACUGACUCUAAUGCAAUAUCAAAUUCUGAUACUAAUCCUAAGCAUAAUGAUACUUUUAGUAAUGAAUUAUUAAAUAGAAAUAAUAUUAGUAUGAACCUUGAUAUAAUUACAGAUCAUUCUAAUGAAACUAGUGAUAUAGACCAUUCUAAUAAAAAUAAUAAUCCAAACUGUUCUAAUAAAAAACCUAAUAAAAAGGUACCAAAUGGACAACGAGAAUGUGGGCAGUUAGUUAAGACUCAGGAUUCAACUAGUAAUGAAGAACUUAAUUUAACAAAUAUGGCAACUAUUUUUGAUGAAGAGAAAAAAGAGAAUAUAGUCAAUGUAGAUAAAGAAUUAGAAAUAAUUAUUACAGCUAAUGGAGAUAAUUGGGAACAUGAUAAGGCCAUUGAUUUUUUGCAAGAAAAAUAUGAUUUACUUAGUAUUGGAAAUGAAAGUAUUAUCAGCUUAGUGAAUGUAGAGCAAAAUAAGAAUCAAAUAAGCCUUUUUCAAUAA